AUGUCAACGAAAAUUCUUAUUUAUUUAACUGCAUUUCUUCAGUUGACCAGCUUCCUAUCAGCACAAAACUUUGAUAAAAUCAAUAUAAAGUUCUACAAUGGGUUAAGUUCAGAUAAUUAUACACAAUUUAGUAUGCAGAACCUCACACAGCUUCUACAUGAAAGUAAAUUUAGCUUUAAGAAGCCAACGACAUUUAUUGUUACUGGUUGGAUGAUGAGUCCGGAUGCUGAGACGACACUGCUACUUACUGAUGGAUAUUUGAAGUACCAAAAUUGUAACUUAAUUGCACUUGACUGGAGUGAAUAUUCAGUCGGUUUGUACACGCCAGUUAUGUAUCGAAUGAUUAGAAUUGCUCGAUCUGUUGGACGGCAUUUAGUAAAAUUAUUUCGAGAAGGUCUGAGUGAUAAGACAUUCCAUUGUGUGGGACAUAGUUUUGGUGCUCAUGCUUGCGGUAUCAUGGGACGUGAGAUUCAACAAUAUUCAAAUAAAAAAUUCAAAUUUGCAAGAAUCACAGGUCCAAACUUUUUCCCGCCAAUCAGUGAAGAACCGUUAAACACAAAAGAUGCAGCAUAUGUGGAUACUAUUCAUAGUGAUACCUUCUUUAUUGGAACGAAAAAUGCGAUUGGGCAUGUGUCGUUCUUUCCAAAUUAUAAUAUGGUGCAGCCUGGAUGUCCAGGAUUUAGUUUGAUAUCUUUUUAUGACUAUUGUAAUAACAUGUGCAGCCACUUCCACGCGAUUCGAUACUAUGCAGAAACAUUAAAUCCCAAAAAUUGCAAAGUAUUUCCAGCUAGACAAUGUUCAGAUUGGAAAUCCUACGACACCCACAAAUGUGAUGAGAAGCCAAUCAAUUACAUGGGAAUUGACUCAAAUCCAAAUGUUACAGGAACAUUUUAUGUUAAAAUCACAUCAAAAAGAUAUUUUGACGGAAAUGAAUUUUACAAUUGGCUCUUAGAUCGAAUCGUGUUCUUUAGUGCUACCGGAGCUGUAUUUAAUUUUAAUAAUUUUGACAGAUUAAAUGUGAAGUUUUAUCAUGGGUCCGACUCGAGAAUAUUCACACAGUAUCAUUUAUCAAACAUCACACAAGUUCUGACAAACAAAUAUUUCGAUCAUAGUCGUCCAACGACCCUAUACAUUUUUGGAUGGCUUCAAAAUCCAUUAGGUGAUACCACAAGACAGCUUAUAGAUGCUUAUGUACAGCGUGGAGAUUACAACUUCUUAGUGCUUGAUUGGAGCAACUAUAAUGUUGAUUUAUACACAAUUGUGAUGUUCAGAAUGUCGAAAAUGUCACGGGUAUUCGGAAGGAGUUUGACAAAAUUAUUUAAUAAAGGUUUGAGUGACCAGACAUUCCAUUGCGUUGGACAUAGUUUUGGUGCUCAUUCGUGUGGAAUUAUUGGCCGAGAAGUGCAGGAAGCAUCAAAGGGAAGAUUUAAGAUGGCAAGGAUCACAGGCCUCGACCCAGCGAAGUGGAAGUUCUUCCCAGCAGUCUAUGAGAAUCCACUUGGAAGAAAUGACGCAAAAUUCGUUGACACAAUUCAAACUGAUAAUUUCUUUGUCGGUGCAAUUGUUCCACUUGGUCAUGUCAGCUUCUAUCCAAAUAAUGCGGAAGUACAGCCAGGAUGUCCACCGUUGAGGACGAAUUCAUUUUACAACUUUAUUAGCUCAUGGUGCAGUCACUUCAACGCCAACCGAUACUGGACAGAGUCACUCAAAAGAAGCCAUACAUAUCCAGCACUUAAGUGCUCUAACUGGAAAGAUUUUAAAAGCGGCAUUUGCGGUCAUAAUCCAGUUAAUUUUAUGGGAUUAAGUGCAAGUGCCAAUAUUACAGGAGUAUUUUAUAUAGAAUUAAAAACCACUAAUGUCUUCAACCACGAUGAGUUGUAUUACUAUACGUUAGGUAGAAUUGGUGAGCGAUUUAUAGAUGUCGUUGUAAAUGAGCUUGGUCUCAGGUUUUGAACAUUGCCAGUUGAUCAUUUAUAAGAUGUAUAUUUGUUAGGAUAGCUAUGACUUUAGUAAAGUAAAAUAAUUAAAAGGUUGAGUAAAUUUUUGGAAUUUUGAUUGAAAAUAUCAAAUUUU